AUGGCGUCGCCGCCUCUCGACAGUGGCCCUAUCUCAGACUCUCUUCCUCCGUCUACUGCAGCGCUAGCUGCGCCCAAUUCGCUGCUAGAACUCGAACCCGGCAAGGCUUCCCCCCUCUCCCCGACGAAACCCCAACCUGCACACAUUCACUGCCCUUCACCUUCUGCUGCAGAUGCUCUUGCUACGGCUGGAGAGUUCUGCUUCAGCAGAGCUCAGGGGCCCCAGGGGCCCCAGGCAGGAGGAGAAAGCCGGGGGGCCCCGAUUAAGGCGGAAACUGCGGAGCGUCUGCACGCCUCUGAUCCGUUCUCUAGCUUCUUCGAGCAGCCCCGAUUAAGGCGGAAACUGCGGAGCGUCUGCACGCCUCUGAUCCGUUCUCUAGCUUCUUCGAGCAGUCCGAGCCUUCAACAGUUUUGCGAGCCCGUAAAGAAAGAGGUGCAGGAUGAGAGGCGGUCUAGCUCCACUGACGCCUCUGCCUCUCCCCUAGACUCCGCUUAUACCACCAGUAGAAGCAGCUCUUCUCUGCUGCCUGAGGGCGUCUCAGCUGUAGGAGAGGGGAAACUGGUGCAAGUCGAAGGCCCCAGCCGCUGCUCCCCCCUGGAGUUCUAUGACAUCGCCGCUGCGUGCCAGCAGACUACAGACCUAGCCGCAGCUGCUCUCACCAUACCAACCAGCCCCCCAGCAUCAGCAACAACAACAACAGCAGCAACAGCAGCAACAGCAGCAACAGCAGCAGCAGCUGAAAAAACCCCCCCAGCACUGGGCGCUGGCGAGACCCCGUCUGUAGAUAGUCCUGCUGCAGAAACUGCAGCUGCAGUAGCAGCAGAAGGAGCAGCACCCUCAUCAGAAGCAGAAACAGCAGGAGCAGCACCAGCACCAGCAGCAGCAGCAGCAGCAGCAGCAGCAGGAGCAGCAGCAGCAGACUGGGUGGGUGAAUUGGGUUCUAGGGGCUGCAUGCAGUGGCCCUUUGAGAGCAGCGUGCGGCCAUGGGCCGACGUCAGCGAGGCCCCCCGCGAGCGAGCAGAGGGGGCGAGCACCGCGCAGCUGGAGGACCUGCCUAAGAAACGCAUAUGGGUUAUUCACAGGGGUGUAUGUACACCUGUGUCCUGGUACGCGGACACGAGCGCGGAGGACGUGAAGAUGGCGGUGUUGUGCGCAUGCGAUGUACUAGCAGAUGACGUGGAGGCCCUCGAGGCCUCUGCUGCUGCUGACGGGUUUUGUCUCCGCCUUAUACAGCCGCUGCCAGACCGUGCGGAUGUGGACGAGGCGGGUUUAUUCAGAGAUGUGAAAACCCUCACCCUUCGCUGCAGACUGCCUUCAAGCGAGGGGGCCCCCGAGGGCCCCGAGGGUACUGGGGGCCCCUGGGGCCCCCUUCCCGCUGCAGGACUUGUGCAUGCAGCUGAAGGUAUCGAGGCAGCAGCAGAAGAGGCAAAGACAACGGCCGAAGCACAAACUGCAGCACCAGAAGGAGAAGCUGCAGCAGAAGCACCAGCAACAUCAGAAGCAGCAGCAGCAGCAGCAGCAGCAGCAGCAGAUGAGACAGAAACAGGCGAUGAAGUGUCGGUGGUGGUGAUGCUGGGGCCCCGGGUCUUCGCGCAGGACUUUGGGGGCCUGCAAGAGGGGGGAGCCUACGUACUGGAGCUGCAGCCUACGGGGGCCCCUGAGGAGGUGCAGCAGCAGCAGCAGCGACAGCAGCAGGAGCUGCAGCAGCUGAGGCAGCAAGUAGGAGACAAAUGGCGACGGCUUGCUGUUGAAGUGGAACCCCUCAGGCAUAUCGAGGCACAGAAAGCGGUGAUGCAGAUGCGCAGAGGGACGAAUCUACUGAAGCACACGCGUUACGGGUGCCCUCAUCUGCGUCAGUUUCAGCUGUCUGCUGACUGCCGCCGUUUGCUGUGGUACAGCAGCAGCAAAGGGAGAGCAGCAGCAACAAUAUGCUGGCAGCAGAUAGAGGGUUUAGUAUUGGGGCAGAAAUCUAUAAACUUUUUAUCUUAUCGUAUACCUUCACUGCAGCAUCUUAGUUUCUCUCUUGUAUUUAAACAUGAAAAAACUUUUCUUGAUAAAGCUGCUGCUGCUGCUGCUGCUGCUGCUGCAGCAGCAGCACCUGCUGCUGCUGCUGCUGUUGCUGCUGCUACUGCUGCUGCUACUCCUCCCCCUCCUCCUCCCCCUACUGAUACUGUUGUGCUGCCCCCAUCGUGGCUGGAGACAGCUCCGCGUACACUCGACUUAACCUGCAAAGACGAAGCAGAGUUUGACUUUUGGGUUGCCGGCUGCAAGGCCCUCAUUGCUGCAGCAAAAGGAAUUAAGCUAUCCAAGCUGCAGCUGCUUUCUCACUCACGUAGAUUUCUCCGCGCAGUGGAGAGGUGUGAGGCGACGGUGCAGCUAACAAAGCUGCCGGAGACGGCCAACCGCGCGGGGCUGCAGGACUGCAUGGAGCUGCCCUGGCACCCCCCUGAAGAACUCGAAAAGAAGUAUGAGGAGCAAAUCCUUCGCGUUGAGGCCGCUGCCGAGGAGGUGAGCUGA